CUUUAAUCAAUUCAUGAGCCCAGUUUGGGAAACCCUAAUACACCUAUGCAAUCACCGAAUUGAUUUAUACCCUGAGGUUUAUGAAUCAGCUUACAAUGAUAUGUGUUCAGGAACAGUCUGAAUCAAUGUCAUUGCAUCAUAAGAUAUUAUUAUAAAGGGAUUCCCUCGCGAUUCUGUCUACAGCGUCCUCAUGUAACCAUACCUGCCGUUGAGGGAGAGGGACACAUAGAAAUUUAAACACCAUCCGCUAGAUAGACUAAAGAAAAUUAAUAAUACAUUUUAAUUAAAAAACAUACAGUAUAGGUGCUUGAGUCUCACGUACUUUUUCCAAACAUUUUAUUCCGCAAAAUACAUAAACUACGUUCUCUUCCUCAGCGUAUGCUCAAUCUAAACACUUCAACCUCUUACUAAUCGGCAAUAACCAGAUAUAAAGAAAAUAAGCGCGAGCGAUGCUUGUUUAUAGAAUGUUUUAAAAGGCGAGCAAACACACAGGGAGGUAUUGCAGCAUCCCCAGGGGAAGAAAAAUGGGAGUAUUACAUAGAAAGUCCUGCAGGACCAGCGUACCUCCAUCAUUGAUGCAGAGGAAGUGAGAGAGGAACAUCACUGCACUUACUGCCGCUGUGCAACUACUUUAACCUUCUGUUCUUCUGCGGCAAUAUCACAAAGGCACCUGCUUUUUCAUUUUUACACGGGAAACUGUUUUUCCAACGCCCUUUAAGACGUUUGGGUAAUGCCGCCGAGGAAACGCUGAAGUCCAGAGGAGUCGCGUCUCUGUGGUUUAGUUGAGUGUGUGGGCAGAGAAGAUUGUCUUCCGAUCUGGAUUGAACUGAGCGGAACUGAAUCCAUUAAACACGAUCACACAGAGAGGAUGACCAUAUCGACAUGGGAGGAUAAAGUCACAACGCCUCUUUGACUUGUUUUAAUUAGUUGAAAAAUCGCUAAAAAAAAAAAUCCGGACUUAUUCAUUCGAUGCUGAAAGUCAUUUUACCCUUAUAAAUAAAAUCAAACGCGUUAUUUUAAGGUGUAAAACUAAAUCGUAAACAAUGGGAAAUUAGCAUCGCCCGACAACUUUGAUUAUAUUUCACAUUCGCAAAAAGGAGUGUUUUUUUUUUCCUUUCAUAAACAUUAACUUUGGAUUUCCACAAUGGCAAUAAACACAGAUACGGAGUUUGCGAAAUCGAAUCUGGGGGAGAGCGGCGGAACGCAACCAGCCGAGACGGAGAAACUCCUCGUGACCACCGAGCCCACCGGGGUGAAGACCUCCAGCUCCUUCACGGUCAGUGUCGGGGCCGACAAGGCUCUCGACGGGGAUCAGAACGGCCACAGUCUGCCGCUGAGAUCCGGAUCAGCGGGGCAGCUCGGCUCGGCUCCUCUCUCCCCGUCCAGAGUCAGCCUGAGCCGCACUUCAUCGACCGGCAAUGCCGCCCAAGAGCAGCAGAAACCCAAAGACUAUCUCAUACUGGUCAUUUUUUCCUGCUUUUGUCCCGUGUGGCCACUAAGCAUCGUUGCGUUGGUCUAUUCAAUUAUGUCCAGAAACAGUCUACAGCAGGGGGAUGUUGAUGGGGCAAGACGCCUGGGACGCUUGGCUCGCCUGCUUAGCUGUGUGGCCAUCAUCGUGGGCCUCCUUAGCAUCAUAAUCUAUGUGGUCGUUGCAGUAACUGGAUAGGAGGCAUAGUAAGAACAAGAAACCCAUCUACAGCACUACUGCAAACAAAAUAAAAACCUCACCCAUGUAAUUAAAAUAAGAUCUUUCUCUUAACAGUAAUCCCACAUAAGAUAAAAGAAACGAAGACUGUAGCAGCAAAAUAAGAUCUGAUUAAAUAUCAAAAAUGCAUGCAGUAGGUUAGCAUGCUCAGAGAAAAAAACUCCCAUAUGUUAAAAAGAACAGUAAUGGCUUGCAUUAUGUAAAUGAGAAACAUUGCUGUUGUGGCAAGAACUCGUCUGAGGAUGACACAGAGGACAAGGGGACUUUUUUUUCCUUUUCUUUCUCAAAGAUGGUCUAUGCCCGGCAAGCUGCAUUUUAACCUUAUAUUACUCCUGGUUGAUCUUGCAUUUGAAAAUUAUGCACAGAAAUAUUUGCAACGUAACUAAUAAUGUAUGUUUUAUAAAAAGAUUUAUAUGUGGAGUUUAAGUGACGGGAAUGAACUAGGGAUGACAAGUCUGUUAGAUAAAAUCCUUGUCAAGACGCAACAGAAACGGUCAUCGGGGUUGGACAUUUCAUUUCUGUUUAUUUAUUUUGUAUGUUUUGAUUAUUUAAAAAAAAAUGACCAAAAUGACCAGAAGCAUGCCUGAUCCUGUAUGUGAACAACUGUCAGCAUUUUUCACUACUGUGUUUUUUACCUGUAAGAGUAGUGGGUAUUUAAAGAAGGGAAUGUACAUCAAUGUCCAGUGUAUCAAAUGCUAUAUUCUUUCAGUGGCACAAUGUUCAUUCAUGGAGAGCUCUGCUCCACUACAUGUCCCAUGCUAGCAUAGAUUCUCUCAGAGAGGUAAGACUGAAAUGUUACGCAUGCCAGCGCUCUCUAUCCUUACAAAAACUGCUGGAGCAUGGACAUUCAUCUAGAGGCAUGCAACGGCCAGCACCAUUCUGUGCCAAGACCUUUAUAUCAGUAUGCUAAACAAAUCACAGGACUAUUCAUCUUUGCCCAGGGUUCCUUCCAGGACAGAAUGCCAGUUCCCUGUCAUAAAUCUCUCGAUUUAUCCCUUAUUAAUAUGAGAUAUAUAUAUAUAUCAACAUAUUCAUAGAAAUAUUUAGGCAUGCCGUGGGUGGACAAAACUUUUUUUUUUUAAUCUUCACCCAGAAUGAGCUUGCGUGUAAGGGACUUUGCUUUGACACGUCUCACAGUGUUUAUUGCGUCUCAGUGAAUGCUAAUUCCUCGAUCUGCUGAUAUUAAAACGACAACAUUACACAAUCAGAGGCACAGUGACAUAACAGCACUUCUCUGGCUAGUUAGACCAAGCGAAGGUUAAAAGGAAAUGUCUAUUGACAAGCUUCAUUCAUACUGAAUUAAGUAUUUUACUGCCCUGUCAUAGAAUCCAAUGCACUUUAUCACUUACUUUAUCAAUAUUUUCACUUUUGUAUCCUAAAAGUAUACUUUCAUGGAUAAAUCGCCUAAAAAUAGACUGUUAGUACCUAAACACCUAAGAUGACUGUUUCCUUUACAGGCAUUAUGCUGUAUAAUGUACUGUUUUGUGCUUCUCAUAAUUCUUUUGUUCACUAGAAGCGAUUAUGUUACUGUGUUGUUCAUAAAACCCAUUAUGCCAAUAUGAAUGAGAUGCAAAAAUGCUGCUGUGUGUCUUAAUACUGUGAUUUAUUAUGUACAAAUUUGCAUUCUUGUUUCACUUGUAUAUCUGUUUUUCUAUGUUAGGUUACCGUGUACCUUUGCAAGUGUGAAAUAAACAUUAACAUGCAUGGUCCACAA